AUGUUUUCAUUCUUUUCUUUUACUUUUAAUUUUUCUCAUUCCUUCCUAUUUUUCUCGUUCAUUUUUCCCUUUUAUUUUUCUCAUUACUUCCACUUUUUACAUCACUUUUCUUUCAUUUUUCUCUUUUUUCUUUCAUAUUCAUUUUUUUCAUUCCUUCUUAUUUUUCUCCAUCUUUUCCUCCACAUUUCAUGUUUCUCAUUCCUUCGUAUUUUUCUCAUUCCUUUCCUUCACUUUCAUAUCUCCUUCUCUUUCCUCCUUCCUCACUCUAUCUGUCUAUUCAUUAUCUAUCUAUCUAUCUAUCUAUCUAUGUCUCCUACUAGAUCUAUCUAUCUAUCUAUCUAUCUAUGUCUCCUACUAGAUCUAUCUAUCUAUCUAUCUAUCUAUCUAUGUCUCCUACUAGAUCUAUCUAUCUAUCUAUCUAUCUAUCUAUCUAUGUCUCCUACUAGAUCUAUCUAUCUAUCUAUCUAUCUAUCUAUCUAUAUCUAUCUAUUUAUCUAUCUAUCUAUGUCUCCUACUAGAUCUAUCUAUCUAUCUAUGUCUCCUACUAGAUCUAUCUAUCUAUCUAUGUCUCCUACUAGAUCUAUCUAUCUAAGUUUUUUGUUAAUUAUCUAUCUAUCUAAGUUUGUUAAUUAUCUAUCUAUCUGUCUAUCUAAGUUUGUUAAUUAUCUAUCUAUCUAUCUAUCUAAGUUUGUUAAUUAUCUAUCUAUCUAUCUAUUUAUCUAUCUAUCUGUCCUUUUCAGAUAUUCUCGAAGAUCCAACAGCCUCCAUUCUAAUAAUCUAUCUAUAGACAUGUCCCCUCAGCUGCUUCCGUGUCUCUGUUCAAGUCGACAGGUACGAGUUCAGUUAUGUAUCUGA